GCCCACACGGCCAUGGUGACCGGGCAGCACCAAGGCACGGGCUCUGCCCAAGAGCACCGCGCUACCACCACCAGGGCCGCCGCAACGGCAUCCAAGAUCUUGACACCACCUCACCCAAAACCCACCGCAACCCCAACGAAAGAGACGAGCGGAAGGUCCCACCUUUCGCACCCCCGGGCAGCCCCCGGCGCCAAGACCCAAUAGGCUGGCCAGAACUGGCAUCCACCGACCCGUCAUGCUGCCCCGAGCGCGAGACGAGCUCCGUCCUGCUGCACCAUGCACGAGAUGAGCUCGAUCCUGCAGCACCGGGCGCGAGACAAGCGGUGGACCGUAGCUGGGAGAGGACCAGCCCUUUGAUGGGAGUAGCGCCCGGGCAAUGAGGAGAUGGGGCGAAGGCUGAGACGAUCCGAACGCAGACGAGCCGACGCCGGAGAAGCCGGCCGCUGCCGCGGGCAGAUCCGUCGUGCCACCAUGAAGCCGCCACGACACCGGGAGGCCACCACCACCGCACCUCCCCACGCCGCCGCCCACAGCCGGAGCAACGGCCACGCCCGACCGCUACCCUACCCGCGUCACCCGGCGAGCUCCAAGCGCCGGAGCCGCCGAGCACGCACAAUUGGGUGCCACGCGCCGUCGGCCGACCCCCAACGCCAGAUCCGGCCAGCACACAUCGCCACCACCGCCACCAACCACGCCGUUGUUACCUCCGUCGAACCGCACGGAGGUCCCAGCCGACCGCAGCCCAAGCCAACCGAAGCCGGCACCAAGGAGCAACAAAAGCCACCGCCAGAUGCAGUCGGCCGCCGCCCCCGCCACCACCACGCCUCCCCUAUCCCCACCAGCAGCAGGGAGGAGACGAUCGUGGGCCUUGUUGCCCGCAGCCCCGGCCAGCCAACGGCCGUCGGCGCCAGACCCGGCCAGAUCUGGACGCGGACGACCCCCGCGCCACCACCCAAAGGACGCCGCCCCGCAGCCACCGCGCGUCGACAAGGAGCUAGAGCGCCGCCACCCGCUGCCAAGCAGAGGAACGGCCGCCCCGCCCGCCCGCCAACUCGCCGCCAGGCCCCGCGGCAGCCUGACGCCCCCGCGCGCCGUUCGGACCCUCGUCCUGCGCCGCACGCGGCGAGAGGGAAGAGCGCCCCGCCGCCACCUAUGUCGGCUGGGCUUUGCCCGGCAGCGCCGAGCGGCGGCGGCGGGGGAGGAAGGCCGGAAGGGGAGGCCCGAGCUGCGGCGGCUAGGGUUUGCCCCCGAGGACCCGAGACUUCUUUUUUUUCUUCUUGCAGGAAAAUUAUGUGGAUGGAAAUUCAUGUACUCUCAACUCUCAAGGUGAAAAAACACUCGAGUACCUAUUAGCACCAUUUAUUUACAUAUAAUGCAAUCGUCGAUUUUUCUGUUAUCUUUAGAUUGAAUAGUGUUGGGGGUUGUCUGGACUCCAGGUUUUGUGUUGACCAAAUUUUCAUAUGUGAGGGCAUUGCUUCGUGCUCCCACCAAUGUCAUCUAAGAAUUGGGUGUCUGAUAGUUGGUAUGGAAAAACAAAUGUAAGGGUUCUGUUAUUUCUUUAAUUGAUUCCAAAGUGGUUUGCUUUAGCGAAAAUAGUUCUGAACAAAUAAUGAAAUAUGGAAAUGUGGAUGUCGCCAGACAUGCAUCAUCAUUAAACCGAGUAUACAUGUGGCUUGCCUUGUGCUAUUGGACGUAUGUGAUUGGUCAAUUUAUUUUGUUUUACUCACUCCUUGUCCGUAUUGUGCGGGAAGAAAAAACGGAGACAUAAGUUCUGUUUUCCUCC